CUGCCGCGCUAGAGAGGCCGUGAGUGUGUGGCGGUGCAGAGGAGAGGAGCCCGCUUCCGCUUCCGGCCAGCCUCGCUCUGGUUCCUGCGGCUGGCGGCCGAGCCUUGUGCCUCCGCCAUAUUGUCUGUGUGAGGCCGGCGAGUGAGUGAGGGAGAGAGCCAGUGAGGGGGGAGAGCGCGCGCAGGAGGCAGGAAGGCGCGGCGGCCGCCCCAGGGAAUGCAUUCCACAGCUUAGGAGCAGCUACAGAGAAGGCCCGCUUCUGAGUCGCCACCGGACGUACCGGUGGUAGCUGGAGACAGACCUCUUCAGAUGACCUUAAUGUGCGGUGGGGAUCAUGUAUAAGAAGGUGCUCUCUAAGCUGGAAGAUUGUGAGUUCUGUCUGAGGCCCAUCCCUGAUUUGCAUUGACGUUGGAAGCAACACACACCCUGAAUCCUUAACCUAGCUCGGCCUGCCAAUCUGUCCGAUAUGUCGGGACCUGUGCCAAGCAGGGCCAGAGUUUACACGGAUGUAAAUACACACAGACCUCGAGAAUACUGGGAUUAUGAGUCGCAUGUUGUUGAAUGGGGAAACCAAGAUGACUACCAGCUAGUCCGGAAACUGGGCCGGGGCAAAUACAGUGAAGUCUUUGAAGCCAUCAACAUCACAAAUAAUGAAAAAGUAGUUGUUAAAAUCCUGAAGCCGGUGAAAAAGAAGAAAAUUAAGCGUGAAAUCAAAAUCUUAGAAAAUUUGCGAGGUGGCCCGAAUAUCAUCACCCUUGCAGAUAUAGUGAAAGACCCUGUGUCUCGGACCCCAGCCCUGGUUUUUGAACAUGUAAACAACACAGAUUUUAAGCAAUUGUACCAAACAUUAACAGACUACGACAUUCGGUUCUACAUGUAUGAAAUCUUGAAGGCCCUGGAUUAUUGUCACAGUAUGGGAAUAAUGCAUAGAGACGUCAAACCUCACAAUGUCAUGAUUGACCAUGAACACAGAAAGCUGCGGCUAAUAGAUUGGGGUUUGGCUGAAUUCUAUCAUCCUGGCCAAGAGUACAAUGUCCGAGUGGCUUCCAGAUACUUCAAAGGCCCAGAGCUCCUUGUAGAUUAUCAGAUGUAUGACUAUAGUUUGGAUAUGUGGAGUUUGGGUUGCAUGCUAGCCAGCAUGAUCUUCCGGAAGGAGCCCUUUUUCCAUGGUCAUGACAACUAUGAUCAGUUGGUGAGAAUAGCCAAGGUGUUGGGGACAGAAGAUCUGUACGACUACAUUGACAAAUACAACAUUGAGCUCGACCCCCGUUUCAAUGACAUCUUGGGCAGGCACUCACGUAAGCGAUGGGAACGCUUUGUUCACAGUGAGAACCAGCACUUGGUCAGCCCCGAGGCCCUGGAUUUCUUAGACAAGUUGCUGCGAUACGAUCACCAGUCCCGGCUCACGGCAAGAGAAGCCAUGGAACACCCUUACUUCUACCCCAUAGUGAAGGACCAGGCUCGGAUGAGCUCGACCAACAUGCCGGGCAGCAGCACUCCUGUCAGCAGCGCCAGUAUGUUGUCAGGUAUUUCUUCGGUGCCAACAUCUUCCCCCCUUGGGCCCCUCGCAGGCUCCCCUGUGAUUGCUGCUGCCAACACCCUCGGUCUGCCAGUUCCAGCUGCCGCGGGAGCCCAGCAGUAGAGGAGGCCGCGCCUCCCGUCUCCCAGAUGCCUGACCAGAGCCAGGGGGGGCUGAGGUGCUCCCUCCCCCCCUUCUCCAGGACAACAGCAGCCGUUCACGCCCAGUGUUGGGGGAGGGGGAAGGGAGGGGAUGCUGUGGAGGAGCGAUGUCUGAACAGUUGCUUGUGGAUUUCUAGUAGUUCAGUCAUAAAGAAAAAUUAUAGGCCGAAUUUUUUUCCCUUUUUUUACUUGAACUUUUCGUAACUCAGGGGAAUCCCUGAGAAAACCCGCAGAUGGAGUAUUUUGUGGACAAUUCUUCCCCACCCCGUUCACCGCUACCAUUUUUCUCCCUUAAGAUCCAAGGUGAGGCCACCUUGGCUCCAGGCUCUCUCUCUUCCUGUCCCUUCUGCUGGCUGAUGGCAAGGCAGAGGGCAGCCUUUGUGUUUUUUCUCCUGCUGAGAGCGGUCAACUGUGCAGAUCUUUCAAAGGCAUCAGGGAGGGCCAGUGGCGUGUUAAGUAGCAAUCACGUUCACCCUACUGGUUUCUGCGUCUUAACUUGGCUUCUGAGCGGCGUGGGAGAAGACUCCAUGUGCAGAGAUAGUAAACAAAGUCCCCCUUCGCAUUGCAGCAAAGGCCAGCAGGUUGGUAGCUUGCUUGUAGGAACUGGGUCUCCUCCCAUGAGCCACCUGGAUCGCCAACUCUUCCCUUCCUUGCAUGAGUUCUUAGUCAAAAGUCUCCAGGUUACUGAUCAACUGGAAGGAAGCCCACUCCUGCUCUCCAUGAAAGGUGUUCUGGCAUAGGGCAAACGAUAUAGUCCCAUGUUGCUUUUCUCCCCACCCUAACCCCCAUCAAAAGUUAAGGACAUCUCCUUGGUUUGGGAUUCUAGGAAUGAAUUUGUCCCUAGAUAUCUCUUAAAAGUAACUUAAACUUCUGGCCAGCUACUUCCUCCCAAAUUGGACCAUGCUGACUGCUGUGGGGUGUUCACCUGCCCACCCACUUUUCUCCAUGUGCCAUGUGGUGGGAGAUGCUGUUGUGUUGAGGGGUUGAGAAGUAGCUUGCAGCCUUGCAAAUAGACUCGGAGAGGAAGGAGUGAGCAGCCCGUGACUUUAAACAAACAGAACAAAAUGGUAGACAUCAAAAUUAACUGUGGAGAACAUCUGCUUACCCCUCUGUGUGUGUGUGUGUAUAUAUAUAUAACUCUUGUCCUUAUGCGGAAAGAUCCAUUGGUGGAAUUCUUUGCUGUAAAUAUACUGUUGGGUUUUUUUAUUUAUCAAAGGUUAGGUUUGAGUUGCCUGUGCAGAGGUUCUCCCUGGGCCAGUGUUGCGUACUUCUGUACAAAGUUGCAGCCUCUCAGUCGCAGUUUGGGGCUUUGAGGCAUGGGCUACUUUUACUUCAUGUUUGCACCUUGCACAGAAUUGGUUAUCGUAGCGAGCAGCGCUAAGAAGCCUUAUCAGAAGCAUCUCACAAGCCAAAGCAUCGCCUGGAACAAAAAAAGGAUGGUUCGUCAUGCGUUCUCCUUUCUCACCUUGGCUGCACUGGGAUUUUAGGGUGGAGGGAGUAGGGAAGGAAAGUUCCCAGUUUCUUCUGCUCAGUGUUGCUGUUCACCGAAUUCAAACCACUGUUGGGGAGAGACUGAAAGCGCCUCCGCCCCUUCACUUCAGGAUUACCUCCUCAUUCAACAGCCACUUCAAGAGGUGGAUUGCUUUGUGGGAGCCCCAUGAGCUUGUCUUGAGAGCGUUCAUCACUUGAUUUGAAUAAAUAUAUAUAAAUGUGUGUGUGCAACUUUGGGGGUUGGGUCACCACGUAUUGCUUGUUUUUUAUUCCUUUUUUGUCUGGGUAGGACACUGAGGGUAUGAGCUGUGCAGGAACAAAUCACAGGAUAUGGAGUGAGAGACCCUGAGCCGCCCUGGUCUCUUCUCCCAGCCCCGCCCCACCCCCAAUAGAAUUUCAAGUAAGAAAAUGACUGGUGAAUUGACACGAUAGUACCUUUACUCACUUGUGGAGAUCCCUGGUGGUGGUGGUGGUGGCGGAACACUCAUGCCCUUGAGCUGAUGGGGAGGCUGGGCCAUAUAGGCUGCUGCAGAAGCACAGCGUGCAGGAAAUAAAAUGUCUCUGUUGGCAUUAGCUUGAAUCCUACACAGAACUCUCAAGCAGGUGACUGGUUCCCCUCCUGUCUCCCCUUUUUUUUAAAAAAAAACUUUUUUUUUAAUGUGGUGAGUGGGGCAAAAGAGGGAAGCCAGAUAGAGCAAGGACCCACCCAUGGCUGCAGGCAGGCACCCCAGCACCCACCAGACCUUAAAAAGGGGUUGGGGGUUCUGGGGGUAAUGCAACCAUUUUCCUGCCCCGUACAAAGUGCUUAUGCCAGUGUUUUGCUCCCCAAGCAGGCAGCAGCGCAAGGAGGGCAGGAGGAAAUUGCAGAUUGUAACAACGUCUGUGUUGUAAAUUACCUCAUCUGUAUACCUUGUAUCAGAACACUUUUUUUUUAAUUUCUCAGCACUUCCUGUUUUUUCUGCAUUGUGUUAGAUGGCGGGAAAAUAAAAUGCCAAUAUAACAGUCCGGUUGGCAACUUAACUUAAAAAAAAAAAGUUUUUUAAAAGGUUUUUUAAAUCUUGUUUGAAGUGACCCCCUUUUGUUGAAAUUUAGAGUUUUGGUUCUUUUCCUUUUGAAUUUAUUGGUUGUAAUUGUAUUGUAAUUGUUAAAAAAAACAAAAAACUAACCCUUAACUGUGCUGGGAAGAAGUUGUGCCAUGGAGGUCUUUAAUUUUUUUUAAUAAAAUCAGUGAAACAAACUGCA